AUGGAUACUACAUCGAUGUGGAAUAUACAACCGGCACAACAAUCACCUUUAGCCAAUAUUACUGAGGUCAAAGCUGAACCAUUUUUAUCGCCAAACUAUUAUGGUGGUUCAUACAGAAAUUCAUAUCAAGCAUCACCAUCACCACAGCCAACAUCACCAAUGAUGAAUCGAAAUAUAACCACACCGUCACCGGGAUUAAUGAGAAACUCCAGCGCGGAGAGUCAAUCGCAAAUGUCAAAUCUUUACAAUCAAAGUCAAAUGAAUCAGGAACAGUAUCAAAAUCUAAACAAUAACUUUAAUAUUUCAACAAGUAUAACUAACGGCCAUCAAACACAAGGUGCUGCAGAAUACAAUAACACAAAUGCAUUUUUUGAAAAUAAUAACAACAGCAAUUUCAACAUGAUAACUUCCCAACAGCAGACGCAAUUCUCUUCAUCCAAUAUGUUUGUUAAUCGUACGAGUGGGGGAAGUUUCACACCCAUCUAUGACAAUACUAAUAACAACAGCAAUCAAAACAAUACCAACACACAAUUGCAAUCAAUGAACAUCACCAACAAUAUACAACAAGUUCAAGCUGUUUUUGAAUCCACCAACAAUAUGAUUUUUAAUCAAUUCCAAGAAACAAAUACAUCGGCCGAUUCAUCACUUUUUAAUCUAUCACAAUUAGACGAUCUAGUGCCGCUACAGAAUUCCGACGAAUUAAGAAUUUCAAAUUUAUCAAUAUCAACAUAG